AUGACCAGAAGCAAGCUCGUGAAUCAUGCGGCGAAAUUGUCGGAAGGUCUACGACUUCAGAAACGAACGCAACUUACCGUGGGUACCUUCUCAAAAGCAAGGUUUAAAAGUACGGACGAGAAAUUGGCAGAGUUGUUUCAGUCCGGUCCUUGUGAAAAAACGAUUCUUCAUCCGGGGAAUUCCUGGCUACAUCCUGGAACAGCUCAAUUUGAUUUCCGGAGUGAUGUUUGCACUACUCCUACCAUUUCGAUGCUUAAAUCCAUCGUUCAAACUACCUUACUUGACGAUGUCUUCCGUGCUGAUCCAACCACUAUUGACCUAGAGCUACACAUAGCCAGUCUAGCCUCUCACCCAGCCGCGCUUUUUGUUCCCUCUGGAACAAUGGCGAAUCAGGUUGCGCUACGCACUCACCUUAAGCAGCCACCUCAUGCAGUGCUAUGCGACCAUCGCAGCCAUAUCAUCGAGUGGGAAGCUGGUGGGGUUGCGAGCCUUUGUGGCGCACUCGUGAAAGGUAUAAUACCAUCAAAUGGUAAAUUUAUCACGCAGGAAGAUAUUCAACAAAAAGUCGUGCUUGGUGAUGAUAUUUGCAGCACACCCACGCGGGUUAUAUCGCUGGAAAACACUCUUGACGGUACUAUUAUGCCAUUGGAGGAGACAAGACGAAUCACUUCUUUUGCUCGGAGAAAUGGAAUUAAGACUCAUCUCGAUGGUGCACGUCUAUGGGAGGUGGUUGCAGCGGGCGCAGGGUCGCUAGAUGAAUAUUGCAAGUUGUUUGACAGCGUAAGUCUUUGCUUCUCCAAGGGUCUCGGAGCACCCGUGGGAAGCAUCCUUGUUGGGGAUCAACUUUUCAUCCAUCACGCUCGAUGGAUUCGAAAAUCUAUUGGUGGUGGCCUCAGACAAUCGGGCGUCUUGACAGCUGCAGCUAGAGUAGCAGUAGACGAGACAUUCGGGAGCGGUUCGCAGGGAAAAGGCGGAAAACUACGUCGUAGCCAUGAAUUAGCUAAAAAGGUUUCUGAAAGUUGGACAAAGCUGGGUGGGAGUUUAUUGAAGGACACAGAGACAAACAUGGUAUGGUUAGAUUUGGAACGCGCUGGGGUAGAUAUAGGUCUUUUCACUCAGCUUGGAGAAGAGUACGGUAUCAAAGUUUCCGGGCCAAGAUUGGUCAUACAUUAUCAAAUCAACCAAGAGGCGAUAAAAAGGCUAGAGACGGUGUUCAGAAAGGCUCUUUGCAAAGCAAGCUGA